AUGAACACGGCACCAUCACCAUUACCCUCCAUCGAGGGGAAGCAGCUCAUUGUGUUCGACUUCGAUUGGUCGUUGGUGGACCAGGACACGGAUCGAUACGUUCACGAAGUGCUGUGUCCGCCGCUGCGCGCCGAACUGCAACGUCGCAAGACCAAGGAGCAGUUCACAGACCUGUGCGCCGACCUGUUGGUCAAGCUGCACGCAUCCGGCAAGUCGCCAGAGGACAUCAAAGCCGCUCUGCAGACGCUGCCCUUCCACCCGGGCGUCAAGCGCGGAGUGUCGAACCUCAAAGCCGCGGGGCAAACCACGUUCUUCCUCCUGAGCAACAGCAACACGGUCUACAUCGACACCAUCCUCUCGCACCAUAACCUCUCGUCGCUCUUCGACGAGAUCGUCACCAACCCGGCUGCCUUCAACGAGGACGGCGCCCUCAUCCUCCAGCGCCGCAUCCUCGCCACAGCAGAAAAGCAACACGGGUGCACCGUCGGCUGCUCGGCCAACAUGUGCAAGGGCGCCGAGCUCGACGCUUUCCUCGCGCGCAACGGCGGACGUGAGACGUUUGACAGGAUCAUCUACGUCGGCGAUGGCGGCAACGACUUCUGUCCCGUGCUGAGACUGCUGCCCCAGGAUCUGGCGUUUGUGCGCAAGUUCAGGGGUCUCCAGACUAGGAUCAACCGCGAGGGCGGCGUCAAGGCAGGCAUCAAGUACUGGAAUGGCGCUUGGGAGCUCGAGGGGUAUUUGAACGAGUUGAGGGGCGAGAAGGCGCUCGACUACUAG